AUGUCUGAAGCUCCGAAGAAAGACACGCAGUCCGAAGAGCAGAUCAUUGUGAACGCGUUCACUGCUUUGGAAUUGUCAUCCAGGCGAGACUCGAAUUCAUCCUUCAAGAUUGUAGUGGGAGCCGCGGAAUUGGGUGGAACCCCUCUGAGACCGAACGUGGACUACCCUUUGGAUCCGGAUGCGGAAGUGACGUUAUUCUCUUGGAAGGGCUGCGUGGUGGAGAUCACUGGUGAGGUGAAACGAACCCCUGAGACCCACUGUCCGCAGGGUGUCAUCCUCAAACAUCACGCCUUGUUGGAAUUGGAGCGGAUUAAGGCUGAGGAUGCCGGGCAACGGGGUCCACGGGUUAUGGUUAUCGGGGGUUACGAUUGCGGCAAGACGUCGGUGGUGCGAGCGUUGUUGAAUUAUGCGGUUCAGAUCGGGCGAACGCCGAUUUUUGUGAGCUUGGAUGUCAGGCAUGGCGAUCUCGGGGUUCCUGGAACUCUGGGCGCUGUGGUUGUAGACAAAGUAAGUGAUGACAAGGGCCGUUUCGGGGACUUCCGGAAACCUCCACUGAUGUACCAUUUCGGUCAUGCGUACAUAGAUUUUAACAAACAUGCGUACAACGUGAUUGUUGGAGAGUUGAGCAAAAACGUGCUGGCUGCCAUGGAUUCUUGUCCUUCGACUAAGUCAUCGGGGUUGAUAAUCGAUACGAACGGAGAUACGGAUGAUCGACGGCAUAUUCAACACGCUGCAAUGGCUCUUGAAGUUUCGCAUGUUCUCGUCAUUGAAAAUGAGCAACUUUAUAACGAUGCUGUUCGAUAUCUCCCACCGUUUGUCAACAUCUGCUACCUACCGCCGAUUCUCGGGGUGAGAAAGCGAACCAAGAGAGUUUUGCAUGAUGCCGCAGAUCUGCUUGUGGGGCAGUAUUUCGGAACAGUGGAUUUCCACGGUAAUAAUGUUCCAGCAGAUAAAUCUGGACCGGUUGUCAUUCAACCCGUCGAUUCCGUGAAAAUUUGUGAAAUGGCGGAAGACCGACGAAGUCAUAAAAAUAAUGAAAUUCGGUUGUCAUCUAAACGACUCGGUGAACUGGAGCACGAUUUACUUGGAAUAAGUUCAUCUGCUUCGAAAGAAGACGCAGGAUUCCGGAACAUCCUUGGUUACGUUGCUGUUUCGAAGGUUGACAGAAGCAAGGACGAGAUCCAUUUGAAAACGCCCGGACCAAAGGAACUCCCGGGGAAAAUUUUGUUAGUUUCGGACGGCACAAUGUCGAAACAUCGAGCGAAAGUGGCGCGUGGAGUUGAUUUGGGAGCUCAAGAUCAUUGUAGAGCUCUGAAUGAUGCCGGCUUUCCGAAAUGCGUUCGGGAGGCUUUGGAUAUACUUGUAUCAUCCCCAACGGGUUCAUUGAUGGGCAUGAACCCGUCCCUGGACUAUGUGUUCUACGACGUGAAUCCCCGUGACGGAGAAAGACGACCUUUGUCUGCCAUCCGAGAACUCAUCGUGUUAAACGAGCUGCGAGACUUCUUCUGCAAUCCACCACUGGCAGAAGAUGCACCCACACGCAAUCUCAUCUUUAUGACCCUGUUUCAGCAUCCCUCGGAUAAGCGAAGAGUUUCCAUGUUAUCGCGAUUGACCUCGAUUGGGAUUUCCUUGCGACUUGUCCCGAUUUUGGAUUCGACUGCUGUGUUGCUGGGGCAAACCGGCUCUUCCUCGAAGUUGGCAACGAAGGUGAUAGACGAUCAAGUCCGAGAAUUUGUCUACCUGCUUCCUGAUCCCGCACUGGGGUACUUGAAAGAACUGAGAAACGUUUCGCAAUUUUUUGCUGGACACUUCAUCGGCGUGCUUGGUCAUUUGUAUUCUGGAAAGAGAAGAAGAGAAAGCAGCCAUGCUGAAUUUGGCGACGAAAUUCCGCCGACCGUUUUAAUAGAGGUCUUGACGACUUGGAUCCGUUCUGCCCCUGAAAUCCCGGUGUUACCCAUGAUUACGAAGUGGUCGAAAUUAUUGCCACCAGGUGGCAUUGUGAUGCCAGCUUCAUCUCCCUUGGCCGCUAUGUUCAGAUGGAGCAUUGUUUCCCCGUUGGUCAUUAAAACCGGUCCCAACAGUGAUUCAUGGCGAUGGUAUUCUGAGUGGGAUUUUCGAUGCAGAGAUUGCGUUGAGUUCGCUUGGAGCAAGUUGGAACCCGAAACCGCCCUACAGUCCAAAGAAGUGAUAUCCAUCAUAGUUGAUCUUGCUGACUGUUUUCAGCACCACUGGAAAAAGGGAUUUGAAGAAGCAGGGGAAAUGUCAUUCAUGCGUUUAGCCACAUUGGUCAAGUUGUGUCUGGACAAGGGCUAUUUCCUGAGUUCGAAAGGUACGAUAUCUGAGAUCGAUUCGACGGACGAUUGGGAACUUGAUUUUGAAUCAUUCAGUCUGGCUGACUUAUUUGAAGAAGACGCAUCACUGUCACUGCUUUCUACUUCUUGGAACACUCGCUUCAGCGUUGUGGGCCGGCGUAACUUCAUGGAGAACCCGUCGGAAUAG